AAUCAGAAAUAAAAGUUUAUUCCAGACACUUGAUCAUCAGAUGUCCAACUUUCCCGAACACGCGCGCGCAAACCAAGAAAGAGCUUCAUGUGGUGGAGCAGCAGCAGCUCUGGAGGAUCAGAACACAGACUGAUCACAGCAGCUCUGGAGGAUCAGAACACAGCAGCAGCUCUGGAGGAUCAGAACACAGACUGAUCACAGCAGCUCUGGAGGAUCAGAACACAGCAGCAGCUCUGGAGGAUCAGAACACAGACUGAUCACAGCAGCUCUGGAGGAUCAGAACACAGCAGCAGCUCUGGAGGAUCAGAACACAGACUGAUCACAGCAGCUCUGGAGGAUCAGAACACAGCAGCUCUGGAGGAUCAGAACACAGACUGAUCACAGCUUCUGUUCCGGGAAAUCGGUUGAAACAGGAACCAUGCGUGUGCGCUGGAGAGUUCUCCUCUGUGUAGGAACAGUGUUUGGGGUUUAGCUUGUUUAUCAGUCAGGGGCCUCGAACGUCCUGAAAGGUGAUGGGAUUGUUUUUAAAUCUUGGGCGCCCGAGAGAAUAAUUUCUUCUCAUAAAAUAUUAAACAUCAGCCGGGUGGAGUUUCGGGUGUGUGUGUGAGAGAGAGAGAGGGAGAGAGCUCGGAGGUGUUAAAGACAGGCUCUUUAUGAGGACGGACACAAACUCUGAGUCGCUUCCCGCGGAACCGAACAGAACCGGGCUGUAGUCGGAUCUCAGAGAGCCGCCGGCGAGGUUCAGCUCAGCAGAUUAAGAACAUGGAGGAUCUCACAGCUGAGAUCGCAAGCAAUGAGAAGUCCUGUCAGACAGAAGAACUGGACAAGAGAACCCCAGUGCUCCGGCCAGAGCGUCUCGACCACAAGUCCGCACACUGUAUCGAGCCUGGAGACUCUCCACUGUUGCAGAGACAGCUGCAGACCUCCAACUCUGGCAUUCAGCAGAUCAUUGAAUGUUUUCGCACAGGUAGUACACAGGUGAAACACAUAUUACUCAAAGAGGUGGACACGAUAUUUGAGUGUAAGCUGUGUCGGAGCCUUUUCCGUGGCCUUCCUAACCUAAUCACACACAAGGAGUUCUACUGCUUUCCCAGGCUGCCAGAACCAGAGCCCUCAGGAUCCUGCAGGCAGAGCAUAGCCAUUAAAGAGCUCCUGGAGGUUAUUUAUCCCCAGCCCAUCCAGGAGGAACAUGAGGUGCGACUGGAGUCCAUAACAGGCAACCAGAAUGCUGUGUUUCAACAUCUGACUCCACGGAAUGACGUGGACCUUCACUCUCCCUGCCAAAGCUCCGACAAUAGUGUGGACGUCUGGAAACCCAACCAACCAGAGAGCCAAGAGCAAGACGUGGGUGAACAUGAUACAGGAGGAGAAAGUGUGAGAGAUGGUGAGGUACACGCAGACAAAGAUGCACAAGGUGAGGAGGAACAGGAGGAUGUGAGUGAGGAGGAGGUCAUCAGUGGUGGCAUGGAUGACCUUUCUAUCACGUGCUGCCUGUGCGGCAAAGAUUUUAGCUCACGGCGCAGUGUACGCCGCCACUGCCGCGAAGUGCACAAGCAGCGGCUAGAGGAGCUGUGCAGGUUUACGGCGACACGCACAGUGCCCACCAGCCUGCUCUCUGUGGUGAAGGAGCACCAGGUGGACUCGCCAAGGCCCACUGGAAAAUGCUGCCCAGUCUGUUUCAAAACCUUUUCCACCAAAGCCAACGUCCGGCGCCACUUUGAUGAGGUGCACCAUGGCCUCCAGCAUGACCUGAUCACAACUGAUAUCUCCGCCAAGUCAAGCAACCUCGAAGUCCUGUCUGCUGGAGCCUGUGCCCCUCGCUGUCCUGACCCUCCGACAGUUUCUCCCCAGCCCCAGUACAACCUGGCCACCUGCAAGUGCCUCAUUUGCAAGAAGAGUUACAACACGCAGGCACGGCUCAGGAGGCACAUGCAUUUCGUUCAUGAGAUCAUUGCUGAUAAAAGUGCUGUCUCCAGCUCUGCAUUUGGCAAAAAGCUUCAAUCCAAGGAGGGUGUUGACACCAAGCACCUCCUCAAGAGGCCUCAGCAGGAGGAUAAAGAUGAGAAAUCUCCAAUGAUGCACAAGCCCAAGUUCUCUGCAGGCUUCGACUUUAAACAGCUCUUCUGCAAGCUGUGUAAGCGGCACUUCAGUUCAUGCCAGAAUCUCGCCAAGCACAUCAAGCUGCACACUGAUAACGGAGCCGAUAUCUUCAUUAAGUUCUACUGCUGUCCGCUGUGCCGUUAUGACUCCCGCCGCAAACGUGAUGUGCUGCGUCAUGUGACUGUCGUGCACAAGAAGAACUCUGCUUACCUGACCAAGAUCCUGCCGGGUCUGGAGAGCCGUGUUGUGAAGAAGCCAGUUGAAACCGUGCUUGGCAGUUCAGUAAGGAGUGACCCAGAUGGCCACCACAAAGGAGACGCCACACCAUCCCACGGCCUGCAGAAUGUUAGCCCUCUGUCUUCUGAGCACCCUGUAAUCAGAAAACGGGAUGUUCCACCUCUAUCACCACCAGUCACACGCAGGCAAAGUCUUUCGCUUCACACUUCAUCUGUCCUGUGCAACCAGAACUUGAAUGGAAUGUCCAGUGGUGAAGUGGCACAGGACAGCACUGAAGUAUGCGUCACCAAGAACUUCUUGCUACACGCAUGUGACACGUGUGGCCGUGCCUUUGCCAAGAAGGUCCACCUGGAGUCGCACAAGAGAAGCCAUCACAGUGCAGCCCAGACUGAUGGCAGAACAGUGGGUGUGAGCACACGCUCCAGGUCCCUUCUUUGAUCCCUUUUGGGGCAAACACUGGAUUUCUGAUGCCAAGGAAGAAUAAAGGGAAAUGAAGAAGAACUGGAGCGUAGAUCAACGCCACGCUUGUAGACACCUGAGUGUCCUGCUUCAUACUGUUAGUAUUUGAUGGGUUUAUGGAGGUAAUAAAGAAGAGUGUUUGUUCAGUUGCUUGUUCAGCGGAUGUUGUAACUGAACUAUAUUAGAGGUGUUAACCACUACUCCAGAGGAAAAAAAAAACUAUUCUCUUACUGGACCUGCCUGCAGAUAUUGAUAACUAACUGCAUUGUCUCAGUCUCAGCCAAGAAGCGGGUAAAGAAUUGUCCCAGUGUCCUGUUUUAGUGGAUCAGCCCCGGGGGAAGCUCCUGAGUGAAAGUGGUGCUGAUGAGGCAUGUCUAACUCAUUGGUAUUCAAUGCAAAUAUAUAUUUCUUUUUUUUUAUUACUGAAGAAAAAAGAUCCACAACCGCUGGAAUGUUUUGUAUAUUUUUGUUUUUGACCCGUAGACAGCUGUUAUUAAAGUCCUAUCUGACAGGGAUGUGAUCUCUCACUAUUUUUUGAUCAAGGUUCAGAAAGCAAAGUCUACAGACAUUCCUUAUGUUCAAAUCCAAGGAUCAUUUAAUGCACAGAGUUCUCUGAAAUACGCUUUUGGUUUCUGCAGAUCAUUUCAAACGUAUGUUUGUGUUAAGCUUUGAGGACGGAGUUUGUUUUUCUCACCAGUUUAACGCAGUUCUCUACGUUUGUGUAAGGUGUGUGUGUGUGUGUGUGUGUGUGUGUGUGUGUUAUCCACAGCGACGUUAUUUCCCGCUGUAUUUAAAUGAGGAGUUUAUUACAUUUCAGAAGACCUAAUUUUUGGUUGAAUGAUGAUGAUGAUGAUGAUAUUAUCAGUAUUUUCUUUUCUAACAGUGACUCACUGAAUGUAUCCAAUUCCAAACACCUUUUCUCCACCAAUAAACAAACCGGACUC